AGGAGCCGGAAGAUGGUGCCGGAUGGCGGUGGGGGCGGCCUGCUGCUGUAGGUGAGCGGUGCGGCUGCCCGCCUUCCCGCGCCCCUUGAUCGCCCCAUGCUGCGGGCCGCAGGCGCCAUCCCCCGCUCGGACCGGCGGCGCUGAGGCGCGGGGCAGCGUGCACCAUGUCGUCGGCCCUCCGCGCAGCCGACUUCCCUCGCUGGAAGCGCCACAUUUCGGAGGAGCUGAGGCGCCGGGACCGGUUGCAGAGGCAGGCAUUCGAAGAGAUCAUCCUGCAGUAUAACAAGUUGCUGGAAAAGUCAGAUCUUCAUUCAGUGCUGGCCCAGAAGCUACAGGCAGAGAAGCCGGACCUUCCCAACAGGCAUGAGAUAAGUCCUGGACAUGACAGCGCAUGGAGUGACGGCCAGCUGCAGGAAGUGGCCCAGUUGAGGAUGAGACACCAGGAAGAACUGACGGAACUGCACAAGAAGCGCGGGGAGUUAGCACAGUUGGUGAUCGAUCUGAAUAACCAAAUGCAGCAGAAGGACAGGGAGAUGCAGGUGAAUGAAGCAAAAAUCGCAGAGUGCUUGCAGACGAUCUCCGACCUGGAGACGGAGUGCCAGGAGCUGCGCAGUAAGCUGCAGGACCUGGAGAGGGCCAACCAGACCCUGAAGGACGAGUACGACGCCCUGCAGAUCACGUUCACUGCUCUGGAGGAGAAGCUGAGGAGAACGUCGGAGGAGAACCAGGAGCUGGUCACCAGGUGGAUGGCCGAGAAAGCCCAGGAGGCCAACCGCCUCAACGCGGAGAAUGAGAAGGAUUCGAGGAGGCGGCAAGCCCGGCUGCAAAAAGAGCUCGCAGAAGCAGCGAAGGAACCUCUACCAGUGGAACAGGACGAUGACAUUGAAGUCAUUGUGGACGAAACCUCUGAUCACACCGAGGACACCUCUCCCAUGCGAGCCAUCAGCAGAGCGGCCUCUAAGCGACUCUCGCAGCCUGCUGGAGGCCUUCUGGAUUCUAUCACUAAUAUCUUUGGUCUGUCCGAGUCUCCCCUGGCGGGACAUCACUCUUCCGACGCUGCCAGGAGGCGCUCCGUCUCUUCCCUCCCAGCCCCCCAGGACAAUGUGGAUACUCAUCCUGGUUCUACUAAAGAAGUGAGGGUCCCAACGACUGCAGUGUGUGUCUUUGAUGCACAUGAUGGGGAAGUGAACGCCGUGCAGUUCAGUCCUGGCUCCCGGCUGCUGGCCACAGGAGGCAUGGACCGGAGGGUCAAGCUCUGGGAAGCAUGUGGAGACAAAUGCGAGUUCAAGGGCUCUCUCUCCGGCAGCAACGCGGGCAUCACAAGCAUUGAAUUUGAUAGUGCUGGAUCUUACCUCUUAGCAGCUUCAAAUGACUUUGCAAGCCGAAUCUGGACGGUGGACGACUAUCGAUUACGGCACACACUCACCGGGCACAGCGGCAAAGUGCUCUCUGCCAAGUUCCUGCUGGACAAUGCGCGUAUCGUUUCUGGAAGUCAUGACCGGACCCUCAAACUCUGGGAUCUGCGCAGCAAAGUCUGCAUAAAGACAGUGUUCGCAGGGUCCAGCUGCAAUGAUAUCGUCUGCACAGAGCAGUGUGUAAUGAGUGGACAUUUCGACAAGAAGAUUCGUUUCUGGGACAUCCGAUCGGAGACUGUGGUCCGAGAGCUGGAGCUGCUGGGGAGGAUCACUUCCCUGGACUUAAACCCGGAGAGAACUGAGCUCCUGAGCUGCUCCCGUGAUGACCUGCUGAAAAUCAUCGACCUCCGAGUAAAUGCCGUCAGGCAGACGUUCAGUGCAUCGGGGUUCAAGUGCGGCUCCGACUGGACGAGGGUCGUGUUCAGCCCUGAUGGCGGUUACGUGGCGGCCGGCUCAGCCGAGGGCUCUCUCUACGUCUGGGGUGUGCUGUCCGGGAAAGUGGAGAAGGUGCUCUCCAAGCACCAUGGCUCCUCGAUCAACGCGGUGGCCUGGUCCCCCUCCGGCGCCCACGUCAUCAGUGUGGACAAGGGGAGCAAAGCGGUGCUGUGGUCGGAUUACUGACGCCUCCCAGAGAGAGCAGAUCUCGGCCGGCCAGCGGGCACUCAGCCGAAGGUGGUGCAUCGGGCGUGGCUCUGGCCUCUGGAGAGGAGCAGGGGCCAGCCAGGUGGAACUGGGGCCUUCUUUUGAAGGGGACUGCGAGGGUUGGGGCGGGCUCUCUAACGGCCUGGAAGGACAACGCUGCAAAGGCCCUGCCGCUGCCUCACUGAGCAGAGGCUCCAGUGGCCGCCGCCAUUCCGUGGGAAACACUACUCGCUCCGAUCCUCAUACCUCAGCGGGGCGCCAGCCGCACAGGCCGCCCUGCCGGCAGUGCCAACGCAGCCCGCCCUGCACCUCGGGCGUCACCUCUGCAUUCUCCCUCCGGAGCCAGCUCUGGCCGAACGCGCGUCCUGUCGCCUUGGGGUCGCUUUCCCAGCCAGCUUGCUUUAAUCAUCGGUUUCGGGGAAACCGAACAGGAUCACCCCUGUCCUCAGGGAGCCCCGGGACUGCCCUGGUUUCCGAGGAGACACGGGGCUGCAGUGCUCCCGCUGUGCAUCCAAUGCGAAGCUCCCGUGCGGAGCUCACCUGAUCACGGUUGCAGGUUUCUUGAUCUCUGAGUCUGCUCUGGGAGAGCAGCUGUCCUUUCAGGCUCCUGGUCUGCCAGUCUGUUUCCUGGUCAAGACAUCAACCUCAAUUAUGUUAGGAAAGUUUCUUUUUUAGAGGAAGUGCAGAAGCCCUUUUCCUGAGAAGUAGGGGUGCUGCAGGAGGAGGUGUCUUCCUGGACCUGCCUGCCUGUCCCUUCCCAGGAGGUGCACACCGCGGUCUGAGAUCACAGCUGCUAGGGACCCGGAUGUGAGGGCCCGAGUGUGGCUCUGGAGCGCGGAGCUCGGGGUCACUGCCCCUUGGCCAAGCCCAGGUGUGAAGCCCCCUCGGUGCUGGAGUGCAGGGAGCCAGUUCCCAGAGGCAGGGAGUGGGUGUCGCCCUCCCAGUGCCAGAGCCAUGAUUGAGGCCAGGGGACAACAGGCCUGUGGCGCUUUUUUUGUAAGCAUUUCCCCGUGCCACCGGCCCCCCCCCCCCCCCCCCCCCCCCCCCAUUUUACCAGUGUAGAAAAUUUUGGUUCCUUAAGUGAGAAACACCAACAUUUUUUAUCACUUUCUAAUUUGCACUUUAUUUGUUUCCUCCCAUGCUUAUUCUCUGGACAGCUGUGGGUGUGAGCGCCGGAGCCUGGUGAGGGGUGGGGGGCGCCUCUUCUCCCACAGGGUGGGGCUCCCCCUUCCUCGUGCCUGCCCUGGUCUCCCCUUUUCUGUUAGCCAUUCAGGGAGCGCCAGCGGAAGGGAGUGGAGGUUCACAGGCCAGGCAUGUCUUUUAUUUAUUUAAUUGUGUUGCCCAGCAGAACUUGAUUGUAAAUAAAGAAGAAAUCUGUUAUAUACUUUUCAAACUUCA